AUGGGUCUCCCGGCGGCAGUUGGGGGAGUUCUCGACUCGGUUGAGCAAUGGGGUAUGAAGAGUGAGGAGGAGGGUGCGGCGGAUUGUGUGGUUGACCGGCGGUUGAAUGUCGGCGCUGGUCAGCGCUCUCAUAAUGUGGGUGAGGAUACGGCUGGCGCCAUUGCUGGUCGUAGAUCCCGUGGGGUGUCGGCAAUGCGUGAUGCGGUCCAUCCGAAGGGGGCAGCAUUCGUGGUUGAGGACCGGGUGGAGGAGGGUGGUGAAGGGGGUGAGAGGCGGGAUGAGGAUGAUGAUGAGGAUGAUGAGGAUGAGGAUGAGGAUGAGGAUGAGGAUGAGGAUGAGGAUGCGGUGGUGGCGGUCCGUACGGCGGAAGCGUCUUAA